AGAAAAAGAAAGAAUCUAUAUUAACCAAAAAAAACACAACAUAUAUAUCUAUCGACGAAGAAAUUAAAGAUGAUAGUGGAGAUUGAGGAAGUGAGCAGCUGCCAGGCACUGCCUCUGCUUUCGCUAAACCAUGUAUCGUUAUUGGUGAGAGAUGUCUGGAAUUCUGUGCGCUUCUAUGAAGAUGUUUUGGGCUUUUGUCUUGUCAAACGCCCUUCCUCUUUCAAUUUCCAUGGUGCCUGGCUGUACAACUAUGGAGUGGGGAUUCACUUGCUUGAGAACAAAGCGAUGGAGGAUUACGAUGCCAUCAAUGAACCUCGACCCAUUAAUCCCAAGGAUAACCACAUUUCCUUCCAGUGUACUGAUGUUGCGCUGGUGAAGAGGAGGUUGGAGGAAAUGGGAAUGAGAUACGUAACUGCAGUUGUGGAGGAAGAAGGGACCAAAGUAGAUCAGGUGUUUUUCCAUGACCCUGAUGGCUACAUGAUUGAAAUAUGUAACUGUGACAACCUUCCAAUUUUGCCCCUCUCUUCAAGCUGCCACCUCAAGCCCCACAAUAGUGGCAGCUAUAACAAAAUGAUAGCCACCAACUACGCCUGUGGUUUCAUGGAAACUGAAAUGAUGGAGAACUUAAGCAUGAACAUGCUCAACUUUUCUUUCUAAGCUGUACUACUGUACUAUUUUCGGUUAGUUUGUAAUCUGUGUGAUUGAAACUUUGAAUCUUUUGAAAGUUUGUCGUCAUUGAAUGAUAAAGUCACACUGCUGGUUAAUUAUCACUUGUUUAAGUGGCUUUUCCACAAAUUCGUAUGUUUAAGUUUGCUUGGCUAUACAGGUUUUAAAAGCUGGAAUAAUUGUUGUACUUUUAUUUUCAAACUAUAUUGUUUGUAUAUUGGAGUAUAUGUUAGUAUUAUGUACUACUAUUAAUUUUGUUUCUCUCAAUUAGAAGAGUUAAGCAGAUUUGCUGCUUCAGAUU